CCUGAAUAACAGCUUGGCGCAAAUGUCAAAAAAUCUUGGCGGUUUCCAAAUAAACUUGUAGACGGUUAUUUUAAAAUUAAAGUUGUUAAUACGAACUCUAUCAUGUCUAGCUUUAAAGAAAAAUGUCAAGAAUAUUUCGACACGACCGACUUCUACGAAAUUCUAAAAAUAAACAGAGGGGCAACUGAAAAAGAAAUUAAGAAGGCUUAUCACAAGUUAUCGCUGCUUGUGCACCCCGACAGGGUGGACGAAAACCAGAAAGAAUUAGCCACUGAGAAAUUUAAAGUUUUGGGCAGAAUUCAUUCGGUGCUACAAGACGAAAACAAACGUAAAAUCUACGAUGACUGCGGAGAAUUCGACGACGAAGGCGAUACGUCGUUUAAUUGGAUGGACUAUUGGAGGUCCAUGUUUAAAAAAAUUGAGCUCAGCGAUAUACAGAAGUACGAGCAAGAGUACAUAGGUUCGGACACUGAAAAACGUGAUAUCAAUCGAGCUUAUGUCGGGGGUAAGGGAAACAUGGACCAUAUCCUCGAGUCAGUGCCUUUCAGCAACUGUGCGAGCGAGGACAGGUACAAGGAGGUUGUCAGAGAAAUGAUUGAUAAAGGUGAGGUGCCGGAGUUUGACGGGUUCUUCAAUGAGAGCAAACAAAAGGCAGCAAGAAGACACAAGAAAUGGCAGAAAGAAAAGGAACUGGCAGAAAAAAUUAAUGUGGACGAUCUUCAAAAGGAAUUAGAGGAGAACAUGAAAAAAAGAGCUGCUCAGUUUUCCAGUUUUUUAGAAAAUCUGGAAAAUAAACAUGUUGCCAAAAAACGUAAGGCAAUAACUGCCAAAAAGUCUGGCAAAAAAACUCGUGCAAAAUAAAAUAAUACGUUCUAUGUAAACCCAC